GUAAAAAAGGAGCCGCUAGAAAAGAGGACGACCGACGAUUUACACUCGCCUUGGCGCCUUAUUCUUCCAAUUCAGAAACAAAAAACCCUAGCACUGACACAAGAAUCCAGAUUCAGAUUCAGAGCUACUUCAUCUUCUACCUUUCGAAACUUUUGGCGCGCUACCAUGCCAGACCCACCGGACCACUCCUCUCCCGUUCUCCAACACCUCCUACUCUCACUCUCCCACUCCGCCGAUCAACCACGAACCUCAGCCCCGGAGCUCAUCCACUUCCUCAAUUCAAUCUCAGCUCAAUCAGACCCGGAAAACCAAGACUCCGAACCCGCUGCCUUCCAAACCCUCACUCAACUCCACCAGUUCAUCUCUUCUCGAUCAGACCAGGCGGUCUUUGAUCAGCUCUUGUUUGAGUUGCCGAAGGCGGUUGCGGAGUUCGGAGGCGUCUCGGAGAGGUGCCUGGAGGUGGUGGAGAGCAUUAUCGAUCGGUUUGUGUCAAUGUGUGGAGCUAGAGAUAUGCUUGCGGUUCUUAGCGAAGCAUUGUAUGAUCUCACUGAGAAAGGCGGGGACUAUGGCUAUGUUGUGCCUCUGCUCUCGGGGUUUUCAAAAGCAUUUCUUUGCCUUCAGAGGCGUCACUUUGAGCAAGUAAAAGAAGCUACUGGUAUUAUCCUUAAAGUUUUGAAGGCCGUGUCAUUAGAGUUGGAAGAUGAAGCAGAAUUACAAAAAAUAUUUGAUAGAGCUGUGGGCAUUGCCAAGUCCAUACAGGAAGUCUGCAUGAAGUUGGAAAGUGGAGUAGAUGAAAAGCUUUCUGCUCUCCUUGGUCUUUAUGUCUUACAGAUUAUGGCUCUUGUCAGCAUGAAUUUUGAAGCUUUCAGUGCACACCCCUUUCUGCUGCAGCUAUCUAGUUUCUUCCAGUUUUGUGGUUUGUCAUAUAUUGGCUUAAUUACUGGGUCUGAUGUUGACAAAGUAAGUAGGAUUGUGACAGGGGACGAUGGAGAUUUAAAUGCUGGAUGUUUCUCUGACGUCAAAUGUGGUGCAUCUGUUUCAGUGAUGUGGGGUCGUGCUUCUAAUGAGGUUGCUACGGCUGCUCAUGAGGAUUUGACUGCUGUCAAGGAUGAACUUCAGAAUAAUCAGACUAAGAGGUGGCAAGCUUUUGGCAUGCUAAAGCACAUUCUAGCUUCUCACACUCUGUCAUGGGAACUCAAAAAACAUGUGAUCAAUUUCUUGCUUAGUAUCAAAGGUGGAAAUAUUUCUUCUGGUGACAAACAUGGUGACUUCUCAUCUGACAUGCCAGGCCUUUUUGCUGUUCUGCAGGCUGUUCAAGUGGUCAUCAUGUAUACAUCAGACACAGAGCUGAGGAAGAGUGCCUUUGAUGCAUUUAAAUGGAUUCUGUCCGAUAUACCAGCUUCUCAUAGAUUUGACAUUGUAAAGGCUCUUAUCACAGCAAGUGAUUCUUCCUCUAUGAUUGCAAUCCUUUUAGAUAUUGUUAAAGGAGAGAUGCACAAGGAAAGUUGCAAAGAAAUGGGAAAUGAUGAAGCUUUGCAAGAAGAAAAUAGUGCACAUUCCCCUUCAUCAUUGUGGACUGCCGAUGUCCUAGAAUUGGUGGAGUUGAUUCUAAGGCCCCCGAAGGGAGGACCUCCAUCCUUCCCUGAGCAUACUGAUUCGGUCCUGUCUGCACUCAACUUGUACCGAUAUGUAUUGAUAGCAGAAUCAAGAGGAAAGACCAACUACACUGGAGUACUUUCCAGAAGCAAUUUAAAGAAAGCCUAUCAUGAAUGGUUUCUACCUCUUCGUACCCUAGUUACAGGCAUAGUGGCAAAGAACAAGAAUGAAAAUGAUGAGCUUGCAGUCAACACUCUUUGUGCCUUUAACCCAGUUGAGUUAGUUUUGUACCGCUGUAUAGAGCUUGUUGAAGAAAAGCUGAAAGAGUCUACAUAAGGCCUCACCUGGAUCCUAUGAUCAUGGUAGGUAUUGGGAGAAAUCCAAUUCAAAUUUGGGGUGGUUGUGUACAGUUGAAAGCUGUGUAUAAAAAAUUAGAAGUGCAUCGGAUCUUAGUAAACAUGUUUGUUAUGAUGAUUUGUCAUAUGAUAUCUCAACAAGACACUCGUCUUUUAUGGA